AUGCUUUGCACAGCCUCAGGUGGGGCCUGUCAGCUUGCAGCUGCAGCAGAGGAUCACGACCACUCCUUUGCACGCGCCAACGUAACUAUUGCCAUCCUGGUGGUGAUCUUGUUCCUGACGUUGCUAUUUGAAGUGGCGCAUGAGGAAGUUGUGGAGUAUUUGGAACACCGGCGUUUGCACCAUGUGGUGAAAGUGGUGGAGGCGAUAACGAAGGAGGUGACAGUGCUCGGGUUCAUUUCUCUUCUUUUGUUUUUUUUGACGCGUUUCGGAGUGACGAUGGCAAUAAACGACAAACUGCUGGGCCAAAGUUCCCUCGAGCGCAUCGGCAUUGCUGAACUGAAAGAGGAAAGCGGGAACCCCUACGCGGCGCCCACCGUCGUCUUCGAGCUCUUUGAAAGCGCCCACAUUAUAGUUUUUCUUUUGCUCGUGACGUUUACAGUCAGCGUGUUGGUUCUUCUCUCAGUUUCGCUCUCGACAGCGCAGGAGUGGCGCCAGUAA